GUCAACAUUCUUUCUCUUUUCUCUCUCUUGUUUCUAUCUUUUUGUAGUGCUGUGCACACAACUUUCCCUGGUGGAGUCAUACACAAAACGUCUUACCUUCUUUCUAAACAUUGAAUUACUUUUCCUUCCAAACAAAUCUUUCAGCCCACUCAUUCCACAUUCAUCAUGAAGAUCUCUGCUGUCAUUGGAGCCAUUGCCGCCGUCUGCGUCGCCCCGGCUGUUGCUUUUAGCCAAGGUCAAGCUACGAGCGUCCCUGCGUCUUCUGUCACUCCCACUCCCACUCCUUCCGUGACGCCUUCCAUUACUCCUUCGCCUAUUCCCUCUAGCAGACCUCUCCCCUCGAAGGCUUCUACCCUCCUUACGCUGUCGACUCCGUGCGCGAGCGUGAGCGACGUUCCUUUGCCCGAGUUGUUCCACAUGGCCCAGAACGCUCAGAACGCUCAGAACGCUCAGAACGCUCAGAAUGGUCCGGCUGCCACUGCCUUCCCAUUCAAGCGGACCCACCCCCGCCAGGUUCGACCCAUCUAUGCUUAGGUAAAAUCAUCUGGUCGUUCUGCAAUUGCAUGGACAUCUUUUGUAAGAAGGAGAUGGAUGAUGGAUGAGGGCUGCUGCUGGAUCAGUUGUUCUUUGUAGAGGUGACUGGGUCCCUCAUGUGUAUGAUAGCCAGAUUCGCUAGAUUAGAGACUUGAUGAUCUCAUCUAGAGGGUGAUUAGAGAAAGAACUGUUGAACAGAC